UGUUAAUAUGUUGUUAUUAAACGACAACGUAAGAGAAUAAUUAAUUUUUAUUACCCGCCAACGUAAAUAAUAUAAAAUAAAGAAAUUACUGGAACCAUAUUUAAUGGGAAAAAUUUAUCCUAUCUAUUUCGGCGAUCCCCGAACAAAUUGAUAGAAGUCGACGAAGACAUUAUUUAUAAUAUAUAUAUCCUUCUCGAUCUCAAACCCACCAAAAAACAGAACAAAAUUAAUCAAUUUCCUCUUCAAAAUUUCUGCAGUAGCUUUGCAACCCUUCUGUAUAUACUUGUGACAUUCGAAUCUAUAUUGUCUUGGAGUUGUUCCUUACUCCAUAAUAUACUUUUCCACAGAUUCCUGCGGGUCGGUGGAGAGUGGUUUGAUUGGCGGAGGAGCUGAUCACUCCAAAGAUGGAGUCUUGUAUAGAUUUUUUGGAAUGCCUUGAAACUGAUAUGGUGCUGAAUAUCUUGAAGUGUAUGGAUGAUCCAGCUGAUCUUCUACGCGCUAGUAUCGUGUCACGGGGUUGGAGAGACUUUGUUGUUGCCAAUAAGCUUUCUAAGAUCCUCUGUGUUGGACGGUUUCCCCAACUGGCCAAUGUUGUAGAUGUAGCAGAAUUUAAUUGUAAGAAAACGGUGUCUACUGAUGUUGGAUCUAGCAGCUCCUCGGAGAGGGAGAUUCUCUCAAGUGAUCAUAAGGCUUUUGCUUCUCUGCUUCAUACUCUUACGAAACUAAUACCUUCGCCUACAGAAUGCAUUAAGGAAGCAUUUAGUGCUUCUAGCACAGAUAACUAUCCAGAUGAAAGCGUAGUUCAUACAUUAGAUCCAAGAGACAGGUUUGCAAGGAGAGCUUCGUACUGGUCAAGUAAAGGGCAAAAAGAUCCUUCUGUUCCUGAGACUCUGAUCUACAAGCUGAAAUCUGACUUUUGUGUCAUUACUGAGAUCGACAUACAGCCCUUUGAAGCCUUUUUCCAGAUGGGAUAUCCAAUAUAUUCUGCCAAUUCAGUAAGAUUUAGGUUUGGUCAUCCGAAAUCUAUAAAUGAGGUGGAAAAUUUUGAAUCACUUGAAGGGCCUGCUGACGACAAGUUCAUAUGGACAUAUACUUCGCCGAAGUUUCCGAUGGUUCAGGAAAAUCGACUGCAGCAUUUCAAGUUCCCAGAACCAGUUCUUUGCAUGGGUGGAUUUUUGCUGGUUGAGUUGUUGGGAAGGGUUCAAAGGCAAGAAAUGGAUGGAUUAUUCUACAUAUGCAUUGCGCAUGUUAAAGUUCUGGGACAACCCUUGUCACCGGCAUUUAAUGUGGAGGUCGUUGAACCUUCUGGAAAAUUUGUCUUGAAGUACUUUCCGGAGUUGCUUCCCCAAACACUGCUAAGCGCUAGUAAGGACAGAGAGCAGGAGGCUGCACCAACCCACCUUGUAGCGUCAGAAGAAAUGUUGUGGGGGCAUGUAGGUCUGUUGGAAUAUCUGGUAGGUGGAGGCCUAGAGGAGGAUGAUGAUGAUGAAGCUGGUGGAUGGGACGAGGAGAAUGAGAUGGAUCAGUUUAUUCUCUGAGUCUGCAAUCGUCUUCGUUUCCCAAAUAUUUUGCCUUCUUAUACAUACUGUAGGAAUUCUUUUGGAGUUACUAAUAAAAAGAAGCUUCUCGGAGCUUUUUAAUCUCAUGAUGUUCUUUUUUCUUAUAAACAUAAUACAGUAAUGGUUGAAAAAGUCCUUGUCAUGUGCGUCAGUGCGUGGAAACGUCACUUAGUUGAUGCUAUUUUUUUUUUUUUUUUUGACUUGUGCUUUUCUGGAGAUCAUCUAUAGUUGCGCAGGGGUCACUUUAUAUGAUC